AUGAGUGGAACCCCUGUGCCUGAUAGUAUAGAUAAUAUGACUGUUCAUUUUUUUAAAAAAUAUUAUCGUGUACUUUCAGUUAUUCCUGGAAUCGGAACAUUAUGUGCUGUUUCAAAAAUGAUCUUGUAUGGACUUCAUGGAACUGAUUGGAGUUCAGACACUCCGAUUGGGGUACUAUUAGAUACAGUUUUUCCUGGAAAAACACUUGUUAAAAUGACGAUUCUUGUUAUGAUAGAUUCAAUAUACCAUAAUGGAUUCGAAUAUCUAAAAAACAAAAUGCAAUCAUCAAGAAAAAAUAUUGUUGAUGAUGAUAGAGACAAGAUCGAUUUUAAUAACGAGCACUGUCUGUUUAUAGAUAAUGAAGUUGCGACGCAAGAUGAUAUUGCAAACAGUUUAAGAAUUAUAUUUCAUUUUCAAAAUUUUAAAAGAUCAAGUUAUUAUGGUCAUAUUUCUUAUUCAUCGUAUAUUGAGAAUCGAAUGAUAAUCAUGACAUUUUCAGAUGAUGGAGGAGUCUCUUUAUUUUUAAAUUUUGAUAAGGAUGCUUCAAAAACAAAAAAAAAUUAUAUUAAAAUUGUUAAUGGGGUGUUAGGAUUAAAUAGAGAAACCGAUAAAUAUUCUUUUGGUAAAGAUCAAGAUUAUUACAAUUAUGAAUUCUUCUUUCAAAAUUUACAAGAUGUGGUAUCUGGAAAAACUAUUCUUGUUCAUGGGGAAAUAUUUUUUAUAAUGAAAAAUCUUGAAGAUAAAACAGUAGCAGAAUCUAGAUUACGGAUAAAUACAGCAGAUAAUUUUUUUUAUAUUAAGAAUCUAAAUAAUCAUUAUUAUUAUUUCGUUCCAGAAAAAAAUGAAUCAUCUUCACAAUUAGUAUUUAAAAGAGGAGAUAAAUUUAAAAAAUUCGAUGCACUUUUUUAUUUUGCCAAUGAUCGAAUAUAUCAUUAG